AUGCACAUUCAGCUGGUCGGCUGGAUCAAAUGCUUGAACACAAUGUCUGGGCUGCAAAGGAAUUCUCUCAAAUACGAAACUAUGGUGGCCAGCAGUUUAAUCUACAUGAUUCGCCUGGUCGCAUCGCAAACGAUUGUUAGCCUAUACUUCAGAUGCUGGAUUACUCAAACUGAAGAGAGUUACGCCUUAAAAAUAAGCA